AUGGCAGAUGAAGAAGUAGCAUGUCAGGCACAAAUGAAGAAGAAUGAGAUGAUGAGUGAGGCAUCUGAAACCCACCAAGAGAUCAAGAAUCAAUCUGGAGGAGUUCUCCAACAGACUGAGAACCAAAUGAGGAACAUGGCACAAGGGGCGACUGAUACGGUGAAGAAUGUUGUAGAAAUGGGAGCAAAUAUAUCGAGCAACGUGAUACACAAGGCAUCUGAAGUUGGCCAACAAGGAAUGGGUAAAGCUGGAGAAAUUCUCCAAAACACUGGGGGUCAAGUGAAGAUCAUGGCACAGGGGGCAGCUGAAGUUGUGAAGAAUGCUGUAGGAAUGGGAGGAGACACCAGUUCUCCAACCAAGGCCAACACCACCACCGCCAUCAACAAGCCAUGA